AUGCUUAAUAGCAGACUGGAGAGACAUCUGCAACAUGAGAGGAAAGCAGAAGCACUUAUUAUUGAACUCCUUGAUGCUAUUCAAGAGGAGACAGGCAGCUACACAAACCGCAUGCAAGAGCUGCAGCAGCAGCAGCAGCAGCAGCAGCAGCAGAUACAGCAGCAGCAGCAGCAGCAGAUACAGCAGCAGCAAUACCACCAGCAGCACUACCAGCACCAGCAGCACCAACAACAGCUGUUGCUGCAGCAACAGCAACAGGAACAGCACCAGCAGCAGCACCAGCAGCAACAACUGCUGCUCCUGCAACAGCAGCAACAGCAGCAGCAGCAGUUGCUGCAGCAGCAGCUGGAAGCAAACACGCAAAUCCUUAACAGAUGUAAACCGCAUGUAGAGCGCUGUGCUCGCCUCAUAAAGGAUACACUGCAGAAAUGCACAGACAAACAAACCCUGGGGGGCCCCCCUAAUGAAGCAUUUCUAGAGGCCUCUAUGGGGCCCCUGCUGCAGUACAUAGAUGCCUUCAUCUCAGACAAAACAAAACAAAUCAAACAAAACCUAAGCUCGUCCCUCACAAACUCACGAACCCCCUCUUCCUCCUCUAUACAGCACAACAACUCAAACCAGGGCCCCCAAGAGGGCCCCCAGGGGGCCCCCCACGGGGCCCCCCACAGCUCAUCAGGCACUCAGGGCCCCCAGGGGGCCCCCCAGGGGACUCCCCACAGCUCAUCGGGAGGCCCUCAGACUCCCCACGGGGGCCCCCAAUACCCUGGGGCCCCUGCAGCAGCAGCAGCAGCAGCAGCAGCAACAGCAGCAGCAGCGGGAGCAACAGCAGCAGCAACAGAAACAGUAGUAGCAAGAGAAACAGCAGUAGCAACAGAAACAGCAGUAGUAACAGAAACAGCUGUAGCAGCAGCAGCAACAGGAGCACCAGCAGCAGCAGCAGCAACAGCAGCAGCAACAGCAGCAGCAGCAACAGCAACAGCAGCAGCAGCAGCAGCAGCAGCAGCACUUUGGUAUGUGUCUUGUGCAGGACACGAUGGAUCUGUUGGGGGCCCCGGAGACCCUGGGUUGUCUUUCUGUUUGCGGGGCUCUCUGGUGCCUCCUUUGCGGCUGCGGCUGCAGCAGCAGCACCAGCAGCAGCAGCAGCAGAGGGGCCCCUUCUCGUCGCGGGUGUACAGCCGCCCUAAGGGGAGAGGAGGAGGGUCUUGCUUCUUCUCUUCUCAAGUAUGCAGCAGUUGUCUGGGGCCCCCGGGGGCCCCCAGGGCCCUCUCUGUCUCUAGAGGGAAGCGGGGCCCUGCGAAUAACAACAACCCCACCGCUACAAACACAGACAGCGCAUGCAGCUACAGACGAGGCAGACAAACAUAUGCUCCUAGUGGUGGUGGUGGUGGUGGUGCUGCUGCUGCUGCUGCUGCUCCUGCUGCUGCUGGUGCUGCUGCUGCUGCAACGCCAUACGAAGGGCCCGCAGCUGGCGGUGCAUCUGCUGCAGCAGCAGAAAGCCUCGUAGAUCCCUUGGGGGCCUCGACAGGAGAAGGAGCAGCAGGGCCCUCCUGCUUAAACAAACCAGUUGAAGGGGCCCCUGCACAGACACCAGAAGCAGAAAGCCCCUCUGAGCUCGCAACAGAGGGGCCCCCAGGGGCCCUCAAGGAAGAGGAGACACCGCAUGAGGGGCCCCUUCAGGGACCCUUGGAGGGGCCCCAAGCAGAACUGCAUGAGGGGCCCCCAGAAGGGCCCCCUGAGAAGAUUCAAACAGAAUCUGAGGGGCCCCCAGAGGGGCCCCCAGAGUUGCCGAAAUCAGCAUCGUCUGGGGGGCCCCCUGAGGGCCCCCUUGAGGGGUCUGCUGCAGGUUUUUAUGCGGGGCCCUCGAUGGAGCCUUCAGAGGGGCCCCCAGUGGGGCCCCCUGGGGGCCUGAAGUUAGAUUUGUUAGAGGGGCCCCCAGAGGGGCCCCCGGAAGGGCCCCCAGAGGGGCCGGAAGGAGGUCCUUAUGAGGGCCCCCCUGAGGAGCGUUCUUCUGUUGAUUAUGUGCGUGCAAUGGAAUUGGAGAUAGCUGCAGGUGCAGCAGCAGCAGCAGCAGCAGUAGCAGCAGAGAGCAGCAGCAGUGCGAGCAGCUCCGCUGCUGCAACAGGGGAUUUAAACCUUGCGGAACCCGCUACCGCAGCAACAGAACCAUCAUCAUCAUCAUCAUCAUCUGCUGCUGCUGCUGCUGCUGACUCUGACACUGACUUUGAGAGACGCGCUGCAGCCUUUCAAACAAACCAAGAACAACAAGACAACACCCCCCAGGAGGGGCCCCCUGAGGGGCCCCCUGAGGGGCCCCCUAAGGGGCCCCGAAGGGGCCCCCAAGUGGGCCCUGAGAUGCAGCAGGAUAUACAAGUCGGUGGGGCCCCAGGGGUAGGGGGCCCCCCGGCUUCUGCUAAGAUAGGGGGCCCCCAGAGAGGGGGGGGGGGCCCUUCAGGUGCAGGUUGUCGCGCUGGGGGCCCCUACCGCACUGUCUCCUGUUUAAUAAAAGAUAGCAGCAGCAAAAGGAGACAGCGAGGGGGCAGUUAUUCUUUUACUGUUAGCUUUUUAAGGGGCCCAGCCCCAGGAGAAGAAGAAGAAGACGAUGAUGAUAAUAAUAAUAAAUUUUCUUCUGUCUCUCAUGAAGCCUUUAAGAGAGCUUCACUCGCAGAAAGAGAAGAGAUGGCUACGAGGGUUUUGCUGCUGCUGCGGGGAGAGGGUACAGAGGAGACAGAAGAAGAAGAAAAAGGAGACAGCUCUUCUUCUGUCUCUUCUUCUUCUGUCUCUUCUUCUUCUGUGUCUUCUUCUGCUGUUUCUUCUUCUUCUGUCUCUUCCUCUUCUUCUUCUUCUGCUUCUGCUGCUGUCUCUUCGUCUGUCUCUUCUUCUUCUUCUCAACAACUAUACAAAGAGAUGGAAGGGGCCCCAGGGGGCCCCCCGACUGCAGACGUCACUCCUGAUACAGAACCCACAGCUGGGUCUGCUGCUGCUGCUGCUGCACCUGAGCACGCUUCUGCUGCACCUAAGGAAGAAGCAGCACCUGAGCCUGCUGCAGGAGCAGCCGCAGAAGCUGCUGCGGCUCCUGCUGCAGCGGGUAGUACUGCUCCAGCUGCAACAAAUGAACCUUCAGAAGCAGCCACGGCAUCAGCAGCAGCAGCUGCUGCUGCUGCUGCUACUGCUGCUGCCCUUGCUGCUUCAUCCCUAAAGAUGUCGCCUGCGGGCCCGGCGUCUCUUGCAGCAGCUGCUGUUGCUGCUGCAGCAACAGCAGCAGCUCGGCGUGUCUCUAAUGCCAGCGUAUCAUCUGCUGCAGCAGGUUCUGCAGCUGCUGCUGCAGCAACUGGCGAGCAGCAGCACACCGCCAGUGAGGCUGAGGAGACAGCGGGGAGGUGUCUGUCUCCUUCUGAGUUUUUGUCUCCUUUUGCUGCAGUCUCGGGGUCGAUACCAGGCAACAAUCAAAACAAACAAACUGCAGAUGCUGCAGAUACAGCAGAUGCAGCAGCAGCAGCAGCAAAAGUAUGCCCGGCGACAGCAGACGCCGAAGCAGCAGAAGGAGAAGGAACAGCAGCAGCAACAACAACGGCAGCAGCAGCAGCAGCAACAUCAGUUGCUGCAAACACUGGAGACAACACACCUGCAGGGGCUGGAGCAGCUGACGCUGCAACAAAGGACUCAGUAGCUGCAGCAGCAGCAGCAGCAGCAGCAGCAGCAGAGGCACCAGCAGCAGGAGGAGAGGUAGCAGCAACAACAGCAGCAAUAGCAACAGCAACAGCAGCACAAGAAGAGGAGACAGCAGCGCAGCAACGAACGGAGGAGAUAGACACCAGGGGCGAUGCCCCUGCAGCAGCAGCUGCAGCUGGUGCAGCAGCUGCAGCUGGUGCAGCAGCAGCAGCUGCUGCUGCUGUUGCUGUUGCUGCUGCUGCUCCUGCUGUGAUUCCUAAGGGGGUUUCACAAGAUGAACAGCAGCAACCGCAGCUACUGCUAGAGAUACCAGCAACAGGACACGCAGCAGCAGCAGCAGUAACAGCAGGAGAGACAGCAGCAACAGCAGGAGGAGGGACAGCAGCAGCAGCAUUAGCAGAAGCAGAACCAGCAGAAGGAGAGACAGAAGCUGCAGCAGCAGCAGGGACAGCAACCGCAGCUCAGGGAGACGCAGAUGCAGCAGCAGCAGAAGCAAAAACAACAAUCGAAGCAGCAGCAGCGUCAGAAGAAGAGACAGCAGCAGCAGCAGCAGCACCAGUAUCAGCAGAGGCAGAAGCAGGCGCAGCAGCAGCAGCAGAUGCAGAUGCAGAGAGCGAAGCAGAUGAAUGGGGUCUGAAAGAAAGAGAGGCAAGCAAAAGAGAGACAGAAGAAGAAGCAAAGAAGAGAGACAGAGAAGCAGACGACGGAGACAGUAGAGACAGAGAGACAGGAGACAGUAGAGACAGAGGAGAGGAGACACCAACACACAGAGAUGAACAAAUAAAAGAAGUAAAGGAGACAGAAGAAAUAAAAGAAGUAAAGGAGACAGAAGAAAUAAAAGAAGUAAAGGAGACACAGGAGACAGCAGAGACAAAGGAGACAGUAGAGACAGAAGAGACAUCAGAGACAAAGGAGACAGAAGAGACAAAAGGAGUAGAGGAGACAGAAGAGACAGUAGAGAGAAAGUCAACAAAAGAAACAAUAAAGGAGACAGAGGAGACAGAAGAGAUAAAAGAAGCAGAAAAGACGAAGGAGACAACAGAGAUGAAGGAGACAAACGAGACAGAAGAUAGACAAGAAAGAGAAGAGACAGCGAAGACAGCAGAGACAAAUAAGAAAGAAGAGACAAAGGAGACAGCAGAGAUAAAUAAACAGGAAGAGACAAAGGAGACAACAGAGAUAAAGGAGACAGCAAGCAUAAAGGAGACAAAGGAGACAAAGGAGACAGGAGAGACAGACGAGAGAGAAGAAACAAAGAAGAUAACAGAGACAAAGGAGAAGGCAGAGACAGCAGACAUGAGAGAGACAGAGGAGACAGAGGAGAUAAAGGAGACAGCAGAGAUAAAGGAGACAGAAGAAACAGAUGUAGAAAAGGAGUCAGAGGUAGUAAAGGAGACAGAAGAGACAGCAGAGGAGACAAAGGAGACUGAAGAGACAAAGGAGAUAAAGGAGACAGAAGCGACAGACACCAGAGACGAACAAUGCGCACCUCAAGCUGAAGGACACGCCACCCCUGCAGCAGCAGCAGCAGCAGCAGCAGCAGCAGAAGCAGAAGCACAAGCAGUAACAGCAGUAACAGCAGCAGGGUGCGGGGGGUUAGCUGAGGCAGCGCCUGAGGCAGCAGAAGGAGAGAGCAACUACAACUAUAAACCCCUUCAUUUUGAGGGGCCCCCAAGGGGGGCCCCCUCUCUUAUUUCUUUGAAGCGUCAACCUCAGGCCCAGCAAACGCCAGAACAACAAACAGAAAAACAAACAAAGGAAGAGACAGAGGGGCCCCCCGACGACGCCUAUGACGAACCCGAGGCCCCUCAGCUCUCCAAACAUAUUGAAGCAUUUGGGGCCCUAGGGGGCCCUGGGGCCCCAGGGGCCUCAGGGGGCCCUGAGGCUUCAGAAGCCCUCUUACAUAUUGAGGCCACUGGGGCCCCUGAGGCUCAUGAGGGCCCAGGGGCCCCCGAGGCCCUCCAGCCCCCCCAGGCUCCUGAGGCCCCCUUAGAUAUUGAGGCCACUCAGGCUCCCAAUGCCCCCGAGGCCCCUGAGGCCCCUGAGGCCCCCUUAGAUAUUGAGGCCCCUGAGCCCCCUAAGUCCCCGUUAGAUAUUGAAGCCCCUGGGGACCCUGAGGCAUCUGAGGCUCCUGAGGCCCCGGAAGCUCCCCUAGUUAUUGAGACCCUUGAGGCCCCUGGGGCCCCUGAGGCCCCCGACUCCCCUAAGGCCCCCUUAUAUGUUAAGGCCCCUGGGGCCCCUGAAGCUGCUGAUGCCCUUGAGGCCUCCGACGCCCUCCAGGUCCCUCAAACUCCUGAGGCCCCUGAGGCUCCUGGGGCCCCUGAGGCUCCUGGGGCCCCUGAGGCUCCCGGGGCCCCUGAGGCUCCCGGGGCCCCUGAGUCCCCUGAGGCUCCCGGGGCCCCUGAGUCCCCUGAGGCUCCUGAGGCCCCCAUAGAUACUGAGGCCCCUGAGGCCCCUGAGUUCCCCGAGCCCCCCAUUGGUAUUGGUCCCCCCGUCUCCCCUGACGCCCCUGAGGCCCUUGAGGCCCCUGAGGCCCCUGAGGCCCUCGAGGCCCCUGAGGCCCCUGGGUUGCCUGAGGCCCCUGAAGCCCCUGAAGCCCCUGAAACCCCAGGAGUCCCUGAGGCCCCCGAGGCCCCUGAGGCCCCUGAGGCCUCAAUAGAUAUUGAAGCCUCUGGGGCCCCUGGGGCCCCUGAGGACCCCGAGGCCCCUGAGGCGACUGGCGCCUCUGUCCUUGAGGCCCCUGAGGCCCUUGGGGCCCCUGAGGCCCUUGGGGCCCCUGAGGGAUGUACUGUUGCGGAGGCCCCUGGGGCCCCCGAUGCUGCUGAGGGUUUUGCUGCUGCGGGUGCUGCUGCUGGUGUGGGGUUUUGCGGCAGCAGGGAGGGCCCUGAGCCACCCACAGACUCAAAUGCAUCUGGGGAUGCUGCAGCAGCAGCAGCAGUUCCUACUGCUGCUGCUGCUGCUGCUGCUGCUGCAGGAGAGAAAGCAGCACCGGUAGCAGGUGAGGCAGCUCCUAUUAUAACAGCAACAGACGGGGCGCUCUAUGCAGCAGCAGAAGCAGCAGCACGGAAGGUGGUGGCUGCAGCAGAGGGAGCAGCCCCAGCAGCAGAAGAGGCAGCAACGCAUGCAGCAGCAACUGCAGCAGCAACUGCACCAGCAACGCUGCCAGCAGCACACUCAAAACCAACUGCAGCAGAAGAAGCAGCAGCUGCUGCUUCUGCUGGUGAAGCAGCGGAGACAGUAACAGAGACAGGCGCAGCAACGACAGCAGCAGCAAGGGAACCAUCUGCUGUUGCUGCAGCAGAGUUAGGAGCAGAGGCAGCAGCAGAGGCAGCAGCAGCCGAGGCAGCAGCAGCCGAGGCAACAGCAACAGGAGCAACUGCGCCAGCAGCAGCAGAAACAGCAACUGCUGCUGCAGCAGAGGCAGCAGCAGAAGAAACACUCUAUGCAGCAACAGAAUGUGCAGCUGCAGCAGCAAUAGAUGCGGCAGCAACAGAGGCAGCGAGAGAAACGCCUGCGGCUCUCACAGCACCGACACCAGCAGCACCUACAGCAGCAACUGCUGCAGCAACUGCUGCAGCCCUAAACGAACCCGCUGCUGAUGCAGCUUCAGCAGCAGCAGCUGCUGCAGCAACAGAGGAUGCAACAACUGAACAUACAGCUGCAGCAGCAGAUACAACAGCAGAGGCAGCAGCUGAGGCAGCAGCAGACAAAGAAGCAAAUGCAGCAACAGAGGCAGCAGCACAGGCAGGAGAAGAUGCAGCAACUGAACGUGCAGCUGCAGCUUCAGAUACAGCAGCAGACACAGCAGCAGACGCAGCAGCAGAUGCAGCAGCAGACGGAGCAGCUGAGGCAGCAUCACAGGCAGCAGCAGCAGCAGCAGCAGAUGCAGCAACGGACGCAGCAGCUGCUGAAGAAUUCGCUGCCAUGGCAGCAGAUGCAGCAGCAGACGCAGCAACAAGCGCAGCAGCAAACGCAGCAGCAGACCUAGCAGCAGACGCGGCAGCAAACACGGAAGGCGCUGAUGCAGUAGGAUACGUGGCAACAGCUACAGCAGCAGCAGCAACGUCAGCUGCAGCAGCAACAGCAGGAGCAGCAGCAGAUGCAACAACAGACGCAGUGGCUGCUGUUGCAGUAGCUCUAACGGCAGCAAAUACAGCAGCAGACGCAACAGGAGACACACCAGGAGAUGCAGAAGCAGACACAGCAGCAGACGCAGCAACAGCAGCAGCAGAUGCAGCAUCAGACAAAGCAGCAGACUCAGCAGCAGGCACAGCAGCAGCUGCUGCGGUACCUGUCUCGUCAGUUGAAGAAGCAACAGGCGCGGCAGCAGAUGCAGCAGCAACAAGUGCACCAGCCAUCGCAACAACAGCAGCAGAAGCAGACGUAGCAGCAGAUGCAGCACCACAUGCAGCAGAAGACGCACCCGCAGAAGCAGCAGCAAACGCAGCAGCUCCUCUGGCAGCAGCGGCAGCACCAGACACAGCAGCAGAUUCUGCAGCAGACGCAGGAGCAGAUGUAGACUCUGUUCAUGCACCACUUAUCACAUCAGCAGAUGCAGCAACAGGCGCAGCAGCAGAGGCAGCAAGCGCAGCAGCAGGUGCAGCAGCAGACGCAGCAGCAGACGCAGCAAGUGCUGGCGCAGCAGCAGAAGCGGCAACAGAGCCAGCAGCAGAUGCAGCAGCAGCAGGCACAGACAGAUGCACUGCUGCUGCAGUAGCUCCCGUGGCAGCAGAUGCAGCAACAGCAGCAGCAGCAGGAGAUGCAGCAGCAGAAUCAGCAGCUGUAGCAAAAGCUGUAGCAGCAGCAGAAGCCGUAGCAGCAGCAGAAUCAGCAGCUGUAGCAGCAGCAGAGGCAGACGCAGCAGCAGAUACAGCUACAGAUGGAGCAGCUGCUGACGCAGUACCUCCCGUGCCAGCAGUGGCAGCAGCAGAAGCAGCAGCAGAAGCAGCAGCAGAAGCAGCAGCAGAAGCAUCAGCAGAAGCAGCAGCGGAAGCAGCAGCAGAAGCAGCAGCAGAAGCAUCAGCAGAAGCAGCAGCGGAAGCAGCAGCGGAAGCAGCAGCAGAAGCAGCAGCAGACGCAGCAGCAGAAGCAUCAGCAGAAGCAGCAGCGGAAGCAGCAGCGGAAGCAGCAGCAGAAGCAGCAGCAGAAGCAGCAGCAGAAGCAUCAGCAGAAGCAGCAGCAGAAGUAGCAGCAGAAGCAGCAGCGGAAGCAUCAGCGGAAGCAUCAGCAGAAGCAGCAGCAGAAGCAGCAGCAGAAGUAGCAGCGGAAGCAGCAGCAGAAGUAGCAGCGGAAGCAGCAGCAGAAGCAUCAGCAGAAGCAGCAGCAGAAGUAGCAGCAGAAGCAGCAGCGGAAGCAGCAGCAGAAGCAGCAGCAGGAGCAGCAGCAGAAGUAGCAGCAGAAGCAUCAGCAGAAGCAGCAGCGGAAGCAUCAGCAGAAGCAUCAGCAGAAGCAUCAGCGGAAGCAUCAGCAGAAGCAGCAGCGGAAGCAGCAGCAGAAGCAGCAGCAGAAGCAGCAGCAGAAGCAGCUGCAGAAGCAGCAGCGGAAGCAGCAGCAGGAGCAGCAGCAGAGGCAGCAGGUUCUAUGGCAGCAGCUCCCACAACAACGGAGACCGCAGCAGGAGUAGAUGCAGCAGCAGGCGCAGCAGUAGACGCAGCUGCUGCAUAUGCAGUCGCUCUCGCAGCCGCAGGCGCAGCAGCAGAAACAAUAGCGGCAAAUAUAGCAGCAGACGCAGCAGUAGACGCAGCAGCAGAAGCAGCAGCGGCUGAUGCAGCAGGCCCAGGAGCAGCAGAGGCAGCAGCAGACGCAGCAGCUGAAGCAGCAGCAGACGCAGCAGGUUCUGAUGCAGUAGCUAUAGCAGCAGCAGACACAGAAGCAGACACAGCAGCAGACGCAGCAGCUUGUGAUGCAGUAGCGAUAGCUGCAGCAGACGUAGCAGCAGACGCAGCAGGUUCUGAUGCAGUAGCAGACACAGCAGACGCAGCGGCAGCAGCAGACGCAGUAGAUGAAGCAGCAGAGGACACUGUAGCAGAUGCAGCAGCAGAGGGGGCAGAGGACGCAGCAGCAGACGCAGCAGCAGAGGCAGCAGCAGACACAGCAGACGCAGCGGCAGCAGCAGACGCAGUAGAUGAACCAGCAGAGGACACUGUAGCAGAUGCAGCAGCAGAUGCAGCAGCAGAUGCAGCAGCAGAGGCAGCAGAUGAAGCAGCAGAAGACACCGUAGCAGAUACAGCAGCAGAGGCAGCGGCAGAUGCAGCAGCAGACGCAGCAGCAGAGGCAGCAGCACAGGGAGUAGAUGAAGCAGCAGAAGACACAGCCGCAGAGGCAGCAGCAGACGAAGCAGCAGCUGAUGCAGCAGCUCCCCUGGCAGCGGCGGCAGCAGCGGCCGUAGCAGCAGACGCAGCAGCAGAGGCAGCAGCAGAUGCAGCAGCAUAUAAAGAGACAGCAGCGGCGGCAGAUCCAACUGAAGGGGCAGCAGCAGCCUUAGAAGCUGCUGCAAUACCUCCUGCAGCAACAGACACGACAGCAGAGGCAGCAGCAGAAGCAGGUGCAGUCGCAGCAGCAGCAACAGACCCAGCAAAUGCUAGCGCAGCAGCAGAAGCAGCAGCAGAAGCAGAAUCAGCUGAUUCAUCACACUCAACAGCAGCAAACACUGCAACAAACGAAAAACCAGACGCAGCAGAUGCAGCAGCAGACUCGGGGCCAACAGCAGGCGCAGCAAUAUACGCAACAGCAGCAGCAGCAGCAGAUGAAGCAGCAGCAGCAGAAGCAGCACCAAACGCACAACCAGCAGCAAACGCAACAGCAGGCGCAGCGUCAGCAGCAGCAAAGGCGCAACCAGCUGCAGACGCAGCAGUAGCAGGAGACACAGCAGCAGAGGCAGCACCAGACGCAGCGGCAGACACAGCAGCAGGAGCAGCAGAAGACACAGCAUCAAACAAUGCAGCAGAUGCAGCAACUGCUGAUGCAGUAGUUCCCUCAGCAGCAGACACAGCAGCAGACUCAACAGAAGAAGCAGCAGCAGCAGAUGCAGUAGCCGGGGUUGCAGCAGCAGAGGCAGCAGCAGACGCACCGGCUUCUCACGCGGCAACAGACGCAGCAGCAGAUGCAGCAGCAGAUGCAGCAGCGGCAGGAGAAACAGCCGCUGCAGGAGACUCAGCAAUAGGCACAGCAACAGACGCAGCGGCAGACGCAGCAGGAGAGGCAGCAAACGUAGAUGCAGUAGCUGAGGAGAUAGCAAAUGCAGCAGCAGACGCAGCAGCAGACGCAGCAGCAGCUGGUGCAGUAUCCCCCGCAACAGCAGACGCAGCAGCAGAUGCAGCAGUUGCUGAUACACUGGCUGCCACCGUUGCAGCAGCAGCAGCAAACGCAGCUGCAGAAGACGCUGCAGCAGGAGAUGCUGCAGCAACAGACGGAACAGCUGUUGCCACAGGAGCAAACACAGCAGCAGAAGCAGCAGCGCACGUAGCAGCAGAAGCAGCAGAAGUAGCAACAGCCGAGGCAGCAGCCGCUGGCUUAGAGGAAGGAGCUGCAGCAGUGGAAGCAGCAGCAGAUGUAGCAGCAGACGCAGCAGCAGAUGCAGCAGCAGAUGCAGCAGCAGAUGCAGCAGCACAUGGAGAAGUUGCUGAAGCAGUAAUUCCUUUAUCAGCAGAAGCAGCAGCAGACUCAACAGCAGAUGAAGCAGCACAUGCAGCAGCAGAUGCAGCAGCUGCUGAUAGAGUCGCUUCUGUGGCUGCAAUUGCAGCAGUAGAUACAGCAGCAGACAUAGCAACAGACGCAGCAGCAGAUGCAGCAGCAGAUGCAACAGCAAAUGCACCAGCAGAGGCAGCAGCAGCUUCUGCGGGUAACGCGACAACAGAGGCAGCAGCAGGCACACCAGCAGCUGACGCAGCAGCAGCAGCAGGUAACGCAGCAACAGAAGCAGCAGCAGACAUACCAGCAGCAGGCGCAGCAACUGAGGGAGCAACAGACGCAGCAACUGCUGAUGCAGCGCCACAGGGAACAGCAGACGCAGCAGCUGCUGAUACACCAACUGUCGCAGCAGCAGUAGCAGUAGCAGCAGGCGCAGCUGCAGCAGUGGGGGCUGCUGCAGCAGGUACGGCAGGAGACGCAGGAGCUGAUGAUGCAGCAGCUGACGCAGCAGCCGAAGCAGCAACAGACGCAACAGCGCCUGAUGCAGUAGAAGUAGCGGCAGCAGACGCAGCAGCAGGCGCAGCAGCAGACACAGACGCAGACGCAGCAGCUGUUGAUGCAGUAGCUCCCGCAGCAGCAGACCCAUCAGCAGCAGCAGACGGUGCAACCGAUGCAGCAACAACAGAGGCAGCAGCAACAGAAGCAGAAGCAGCAGUUGAGGCAGCAGCAGCCGCAGCAAUUGGAGGGGAUUGGGGGGGUGAUCAGGAUCGGGAUCGGGAUCGGGAUCGGGAUAGCGAUCCCCUAUGCCCCCCACAAUCCCCGGCCCCACAAACAGGACCCCACAACCCCACCGACGAGCCCCAGCAAGCAGCAACAGGACCCCCCAGGCAAGACGCCAGCACCGACAGCAGCAACAACAACAGCAGCAGCAGCAGCAACGGUGGCGCCGAAGGUGAGGGCAACAGCAGCGGUGUACGCGACACCAACAGCAGCAGCAGCAACAGCAGCAGCAGCAGCGGGGUCCCUGCUGGUGUAUGCGAUGCCUCUACUGGCAGCCUCAAGACUGUGGGGGUGUCUGGGGUGUCUCUAUUUAAAGGAGACAGUCGCUGGCGCAUGCAUUUAGGAGAACAAUCUUGUGGGGCCCCCCCUCGUGCUGAGGACUCUUUGUGGGGGGCCCUCGAUAUGUUAGCAGAGAAAAGAAGCGGGGGAGACACAGCAGCAAAAGAUGAAGACAAAAUAAUUGUUAAAGAUGUUCUCGUUGUGCAUGCACCCAUCACAGCCCCUCUACCUGCUAGGAGGCCCCCUUCUGCUGCAAGCAGGGGCCCCUCACGCUGCCCUUCCCCCUCACCAACACCAGCAACAACAACAACAACAGCAGCAGCAGCAGCAGCAGCAGCAAACACACCAGCAGCAGCAGGAACAGCAACAGGAACAGCAACAGCAACGCCGCCAGCAGCAGCAACAGCAGCAGCGCAAAAUGUGCAGCAGGCUGCUGCUGCAGCUGCACUGGCUGCAGCAGCAGCAGCAGGCGUCAGCAGCAACUCCCAGGUGCCGCAAAGGGUAGGGGCCCCCUUCCUCCGACCUGCCUCUGCUGUUUUUAUUCAGGGGGCCCCCAACUCCUCUCCUGCGGGGCCCUUUGGGACACUCAGGUCGUCUACGCAACUCUUUAGGGGCCCCCUGGGGGCCCCCAGGGGGGCCCCUUUGUCGUCUAUGAAUGCCCCUGCCUCGUCGCUCCUCAGCAGCCACUUAACUGCUGUUGGAGCGACAGAGGGGCCCCCUGGGGGGCCCCUCAGGGGGCCCCCUAUAGGCCCCUCUGCGGGGUUUCCUGUGAGGCCCCGCACGGUGUCUGCUGCAGCAGCAGCCUCUGUGCAGCGGCCCCUGUCUCCUGUUCCUGCUGCCGUUGCUGCUGCUGCUGCUGCUGAGGGGGUGGCAGCCAGCAGGCCCCUCCUCCCCUUCAAAUCCUUCCCCCCAAAAGCUGUCAUCUGCGGCCGCAGGGCCUCCACCCCAGCGCCACCAGAAGCAUCAGCAGCAGGAGCAGCAGCAGCAGCAGCAGCGGCAGCAGCAGCAGCGCCCACUCAAACCUUCCGGGUCCCUUGGAGCCCCACACAAAUCUCUCAGGGGGCCCCGCUGAUGCAGCAGCAACAUAGGGGCCCCCUUCUGGGGACCGUACAAAUGCCGCCAACGCCUCCCCCGCAAUACCCUCUGCUGCCCUCUAGAAGGGGCCCCCCAGCCCCCAUACCUGGAGGGGGCCCCCUGCACAACCCCCUGCAGGGACAACCUCAGGGGCCCCCAAAGUGGCCCCCUGUGGGGACCCAACAGAACCCCCCUAAGGGCCCCCUACAGGGGCCCACGCAGGGCCCAGUAGCUCUAGGGGGCCCCCUACAAAGCCCCCUGCAUGGGCCCCUGCAGGCAGCCCCACAGAAUUCUCCACAGGGGCACCCAAGGGGCCCCCCACAGGGCCCCCCACAGGGGCCCCCACAGGGCCCCCCCAAAGGCUCCAUACAGGGGUCCAAACGGGGCACUCCACAGGGCCUCCUGCAGGGGCUCCCCGUACAGGGCCCCCCACGGGGACCCCUACAGAGCUCCCCACAGGGCUCUCCACAGGGGCCCCCCGUACAGGGGCCCCCACAGGGCCUCCCGGCUGGAGCAAUGAAGGCUGGGAUAGGAUUGGGUUCUGCUACUCCUUGGGGGUCCCCCCUUUCUGUUGCCGAAGACAAUAACAACAACAACAACAGCAGCGGCAGCAGCGGCAGCCAUGCACAGCUGCUGCAGCUCCGCAGCAGUUCGCCUGGGUCCCCUCUUGAGGGCCCGAGGCCCUUCAUACCCCCGGGCCACUCCUUCCAGGGGCCCCAUAGCCGCGCUCCAGCUGUCUGUGCAGCUCCAGCUGUCUGUGCAGCCUCAGCUGUACCGUCGCCUCUGGGUAGCCAGUCACCCAUGCAUGCAGCAACAACAACAACAGCAGCGGCAGCAGCAGCAUCACCACCACCACCAGUAGGAACAGCACCAGCAGCAGUAGCAACACCAGCCGCAGCAGCGCCAGCAGCAGCAGCAGCAGCAGCAAGGGCGAGGGGACAGUUUGUUCCAGUUGCAUCGCAGCGGCCUGCUGAGGGGCCCUUGCUGCUGCCUGCUGCUGCUGCAUGCACCAGGCCCCCCAGUGCGUCUGUCUCUUCCCGUCUCCCCCCCUCGCCAAUGAACUCUUCUUUCCUCCCCCUGUCUCCUCUACCCUCAAGGUCUCUGAAUCCUCUGGGGCCCCCUGCUGCUGCUGUGGGGCCCCCGAGGCCUCAGGGGCCCCCUGCUGGUGCUGCUGCUACACCCGCAAGCAGCAGCCACCUGCAGUCUGUGCAGCACAACGUUCCUGCGGCAUCUCUGCUGCCCACUGCUGCUGCUGCUGCUGCUCCUGUUGGUGGUGCUGCUCCCGCUGUCUCCUCUGCUGUCUGUACACCCGCAGGGGCCCCUCCUCACUUCCCCCCCCUCCCUUCAGGGCCCCCAACGGGAGCACCGGCCGCUGCCUUUGCAGCAGGGGGGCCCCCACCCUUCGUACUCUCAACAGUAAGGGCCCCCAUAGGCAGCCAUCAGCAGCAGCAACAGCAGCAGCAGCAGCAACAACAGCAGCAGGGUUCAGGAGCCAACGGGUCCGCAGCUUCUGUCUUAGGGCCCCCCGCUGGCAUUCCUUCGGGUGUAGCGACAGCCGUUGCAAAGCCCCGCCCCACAACCUCUCUUUUCCCUCGGGGAUCGGUCUCCUCCCCCGUCUCUGCCUCUGUCUCCGUCCCUCCUGUCUCCGCUCAGGGCCCCUCUGUCUCUUCUGUCUCCUCUCUAGGCCCCGUAGCUAACAGUAGAGGGCCCCCCCACAGACAGCCGCCCCCGGCCGCCUCCCCAUUGCCCUGGGAGGGGAACCUGAUGGGGGGUACGAGUCCGAUCCCACAACCGCAGGGAUCGGGAUCGGGAUCGGGAUCGGGAUCGGUGUUGGGAUCAGUGUUGGGAUCGAGCCCGGCAGGGGCCGCCCUACAGGGGAGGCCCCCUUCCGCUCCUGCUGCUGCUAUUCGCAUGGAGGCUCUGCAGGCACAGCCAGGGGCCCUGCUGCUGCAACAAGGGGUGCCCCCAGUUGGCGCAGCUGCUGCUGCUGGUAACUCAGCAGCAGUUGUGGGGCCCCUCCGCCCCCCUCCCGCCGCUGCUGCAGCAGCGGCAGCAGCAGCAGCAGCAACAGCAGCAUCAACAACUGCUGCUCCUGAAGGUGCUGCUGCACGUGGGUCUCCUCCUGUAUACACCUCAGUGCUUAGCAGCCGACUGCUGCAGCAGCGCCUUCCUUCUCAGGGACCCCCGCGAGCAGCAGCAGCCCCCAUUGCAGUAUCUGCUGGUGGUGCUGCUGCUGAUACACAAGGGGGGCCUGCCCCCUUGCUGCUGCCGCUGCAGCGGGGAGCAGCAGCAGCAGCAGACAGUACAAGAGAGCGGGGGGCCCCUAUGGGGGGUCCUUCGUCUCCCCUCUCGGCAGCAGGACCUCCUGCAGCAUCUCCUCAGCAACACCCCACAACAUGA